AUGUUAAUUUUAGCUUGCUCGUUAAAUGCUCUCCAUCCGAUCUACUCGAUGUUAGAAGCAAAGUCGAUGCCUACAAAUGGGAAGAAGGAACCACUUCAAGUUAACAUUGGAUUUUAUGUGGAAAGUCUUGGAAAUUUUAGAUCUACAGAAAUGAAAAGUGAAAGAAAACUUCUUAUCAGUAUAAUUUUUGGAGUAAGCAGGAUUCUGGAGGAUGCAAAAGUCGCGCAAGAACAGCCGUUAUGGAGCUGGUGGAAAGCUUAA